CCUGGUCAGUGGGGUGCCAUACUUUGUUCUCACUGCCACUGUGACAGUGACCUCGGGUUGCUGUUCAUAGUGACAGAGUGAGCUCUCUUCUGACUGGCCUGCUGGGUAGAAUCCAGGCCUCUGGCAGUAGAGGACAGCCCAGUGAAGGUUAAUCAAGAUCUCACUCCAGGCUCUGCUGUAAGGCUGGCGUCUUGGCCUCACACCUUCUUUGCGGGCACCUUCCUUAUCUCCAGCUCCUUCAACUGACCGGAAAUCCACGGUCCAGGACUAGCAGGUUUACGAAUCUGAGCAGUGUUCAUGCGAGUCACCAUGUCCUGGUCCUCGGCUCUGAAGAGACUUCUCGCUGUCUGCUUCUUCACUCACUUGUCUGUCAGCUGCGUGGAGAGUUACAGUUGUGAAAACAGAGAAUGCUUUAACGGGAGAUGCUUAUCUAAUCCAAGGACUUGUGAAUCCUCUAAAGGCUGCUUCUACCUAGAGCAGGAUUUUAAAACACCGUCUGAAUCAGCCACAGACCUAAGGUUCCACGAGAGAGGCUGUUCUAAAGACGAGUGUACUGAGCUAGCGUUCUCAGCAACCCUGGGGUGCCAUCGGACGUUUAGAUAUGACCUCCAAUGCUGCUACACUGAGCAGUGCAACAAAGAGCCCAAAAGGGGUGAAACCUCUCUCCACUCAGAGUCUCAGCCAUCUCUCCAACCCAAUGGUGUCGAAUGCCCUGCCUGCUUCAGUGACAACAGCACGUGUAACCUAGUUACCCUGAAGUGCACCGGAGCAGAGACCAAGUGUGUGGAGGUUACCGGAAGAGCAGUGACUGAGAACCUCCCCCCACAUGUGAUACGUGGAAUGGGCUGCGCGACAAAAUCUGCCUGCGACCUGAAGAAUAUAACCGUUGGGAAAAACCUAAGGAUCAAUACCGUCUGCUCCAAUGGGAGCCCUCCCCUCAGGUCCGUCUCAUCCGUUCUGGCUGCUCUUUUCCUGGUGAAAGCCUUGCUUUGAUCCUUUGGGGACUGUCAGUCCCAUGAUCCUUCUUCACAUUUAAACACAUCAGCAACCUUUCACGACGCCUUUGCCCAACAGGGGAGAAAUAAAGACCACCGAUUGUACUCUG